AUGGCUAAUCUACUUCGAAAGGGAGAUCAUGCCGAAGAAUUUCUGUCAUCUACUAAUAAACUUCCGACGUCAACAGCAACCGAUGGUGGUAUUUCGAGAAAGACUGAUAAAGCUGCAUUGAAUACGUGGGAUGUAGCACAACGCUGGAUUCAAAGUGUUUCCAAAGAGGAAUCAACGAGAAAACAAUGGGAACAAAUGUACGGUUGGAUGGCUGAUUAUGAUGCUAAAGGCAACUUUGUUCCAAGAAAACAAGUCAUCGAAAAUACUUCACGCUUUUCACACACGAUUCCUAAUUCCCGUGGCCAUGAUUACGGCUGGCGUUUACAAAAUGAUACGGGAAAAAAUAUUGCAACAUUACAAGGAUGUUUUAAUAAUCAACACAAGAAACGUCGAUCAGAUGUCAUACUUGGAUCUGAUUAG